CGAUUUGCAUAACAUUCUGUAAAUUUUGGUAAGCAAGUUUAGCCUUAAAUUGCUGUUUUCGUAAAAAUAAGCGAUUUUUUGCAGUUAACGAUACAAAAACAGUUAAAAAUGGCUCCAAUUAAGAUGCGUGGGAAGAACUACGUGCUGUUCGUGGGCGGCAUCAUUGGAUUUAUUGGUUUGGCUUGCUACCCGAUCAUUAUUGCUCCGAUGAUGAAUCCGGAGGAAUACAAAAGGAUACAAAAGGUCAACCGAGCCCAUAUUAAGCAGGAGGAAAUUCAGCCUGGAAACAUGAGGGUGUGGAGCGAUCCGUUCAAACCUAGGGAGGAUAAGCCGCAGUGAAGGCCACGUGGUGCUUGAGGCCAACACGAAGGAUGCGUAAUAUCUAGUUUUGUUAUUUGUGAUUUACUGUAAUAAAAUAAAAUACAGCUAAAAUAAUAAUUAUAA